AUGUCCGACCAAGAAGGUGAACGAAAUAAUGGUACUACAGCUAUCGAGCAACGUAUACCAUCGAAAUUAGACCUUAACCAAGUCAGUGAUGGUAACUUCGAUAUCGAUAUGGAUCUAUUCUAUCAUGAGAUUCGAAGGCCAUUCCAACUUCCAUUAAAUCCGGAUUUCUUGAAGAGUAAUAAUAAUUUUUCAGAACUAAGUGACGGUUUAAACUCUACUACAGGAUCAACUCCAUUUAAUUUAUUAAACAACGACACAAUUAAGGAUGUAUACGAUGACCGUAAUGAGAAAAAAGUCCGUUUUAAUGAUAAUUAUGGUGAAGCUGGUGAAGAUGGAUUGAAUACCAUUAUGGCGCCCAAUCCAACAAAACUUAUGUCUAGAAAUAUGAAUAACGAUGAUCAUGACGGUAAUGAUAAUUAUAAUCAUAAUCACCAUCAUCAUGGAAAGAAAGAUGUGGAAGAUUUACUACGGUCAGCAAGUCAAGUCAACAACUAUAUCACAGAGAACUUAGAAAAAAUAGAUACGUUCAGAAAAGAUUUAUUAUCAGAAAAAUCAUUAUAUCGUAUCUUCGAUGAUACUCCAACAACGAGACCAUCUACAAGGUCAACAUUUGGUGAUACAAAUAUUGAUAGCAUGGAUAGUCUCAUUACAACUUCACAUCAUAGUAGGACUAAUAUAUUCUCUCAUAUGUCUAUGUCUCAAUUUGAAUCAAGGUCAAGAUCAAGAUCACCAUCAUUAUCGCCACCUCCAAUGAUAAGAAGUAAUUCUCAUGAAAUUGAAAAUCAUUUACGUGUAGCUUCACCAUUUAAUUUAUCAAGAUCAAUUUCAAGACAGAAUAAUAAUACUAAUAAUACGCUUGAUAAUCAUAACUUUUUUAUGAAUAAGAAUGAUUCCUUAAUUGAUGGCAUAGAUACAAUAAGUAACGAUAUCUCAAAUUUUUCGAUUCAACACUCUCCUGAGUUUAAUCAUGAAACUUUGCAAUUUGAAAAUUUGGAAAAACCAAUAAAACGUAUUCUUUCGAGUCAUAAUAGUAAUGGAACCACUGAUGAAGAUACUUCUUUAUUAUCAGCUGAUGCAUUAAAUAAAUACUCUAAUGAUUUCAUUGAAAUACCACCACAGGAAGCUUUGAAUAAUUUGAAAGAAACGUUCUCCAUCUUUUUAAAACUUUCAAAAAAUGACAUUCAAGAGAAUGAAGCGGCAAGUGAUUCCACAAUGAUAAGGUAUUCCAAUUUCAAAAUGAAAAGUCUUCCAUCUUUAACUUUUGAACUUUAUCUCGAUAGAAUACAUACUAAAUGUGAAUAUGAUUCUCACAUUUAUUUAAUUGCAACAUAUUUACUACAAACGCUAUUUUUAGAAAGAGAUUCCACCAGUAAUAGUUUGAAAUUGAAAAUGAAAUUAGAAUCGACCGAAACACAUCGUUUAAUUAUCGCAACUAUAAGAAUAUCCACUAAACUCUUAGAAGAUCAUGUACAUUCACACGAAUAUUUCUGCAAAGUGUGUGGGAUUUCAAAAAAGUUGUUGAGUAAGUUGGAAAUAUCAUUGUUACUUUGUCUGAAAAAUGAGAAAUUAUUAAUGACCAAGAAUAAGAUGAUUGCAUCGAUCUUGAUAUUAAAGGAACUGCGAACUAUCUAA